CGACUACGGGGACCAGGAUUUCCCAGCUCUGCGCGACAAUGCGAGAGUUUUGGUUUUUUCAUUGUUUUCACCUUCACAAUUCGGUUUGAUCUCGUAUCCAGUGGUUUUGUUGAAUUUUUUAUCCUUUCGUAUAAGCGCACGUACAAAAAUGAGAAUCCAAGACAGUUUCCUUGCAUUAAUGCCAAUCAAAGAAGCUAGAGCUGAAGAUCUGUAUAAAGAAAUUACCAACUUUUUUAGCCUGAAGAAAAUACCGUAUCAUCGAAAUCUAAUUGGAUUCGCAUCUGAUGGGGCGAACGUUAUGGUUGGAAAACACAAUUCAGUAGUAUCUAGGUUUAAGAUGCCUCUGUAA